UCUCUAAAGAGAACCAUUCAGAAAUUCCUUCCUUUUCUCAUAAUUCACUUUCUCUCUGCUUAAUAUCCCCCCAGAGUAUUGCACAAAAGCAUACCUAUCAUCCUAUUUAUGAUAUUUGUAAGAUGGAUGACAGGAAGGACCACCUUGCCAAGUCCAUAGUGCGGGACAAAGGGUCAGGUGGACACAAUAGGGGGAUGAUGAGAGGAAAAGGUGUAAUCAUGCUUGGCUUGAAUCAAAUCAGCCAAAGUUAACAAACAUUUUGCAUGUUGCACCAUGUCAAUAGAGACCGCGUGGGGGAGGUGAAACCAGGCAGGAAAUAAUGGAGGAGGGCCAACAAAAGAAGAAGAAUGAGACAGAGAGGUGGUGCUGGAAAAUAGCACAAUGAGGGUAUGUGGGGGUUUCCACUGCGUGGGAUAAGAAGGGUAAGGGGGGGAAAUUUGUAUGAACGCGAGCAGUCACACGGCAUAGAGGAGGGAAAAGUGUGCUUUUGACGACAAGUCUUGAGCCUAAUACUGGUGGAUCUCUUCGUUGCGAUGGCUGAGAAGAAGUGCGCCCCGGAGGAGUACGUGAGUAGAAGUGGAAGAUGCUGCGACCGAUGCCCCGCAGGAAACUACGUGCGAGCCGACUGCGACCACACCAAGAAGACUGAGUGUGGCUGCUGUGAACGUGGAUCCUACACAGCCACCAGAAACCACCUAAGGGCCUGUCGUAUGUGCAGGCAGUGCAGUGCCAGCAACAACCAGAGGACGGUAAAGGAGUGCAUGGCUCACAAGGACACAGUGUGCGAGUGUUUGACGGGUUUCUUCUGCUACGGCGAGCCCUGCGAGCACUGCAUGCCCGCCACCUCCUGCCCACCUGGUACAGGGGUCAAAGUUCCAACCACAGGGGCCAACGAUACGAUCUGUGCGCUGUGUGACAAGGGCACGUUCAGCAACGUGUCCGAUUUCCAGUCAGCCUGUCAAAAUCACACCAGAUGUCAGGACUUGGGUCGAGUGUUAGCAACUCCAGGAACGUCAACCACUGAUGCCAUCUGUGGCAACUUGACAUGUGGUUGCUCGUGGGUAUUACCUGCAGGCUUGUGGUUGGGCUUUGUGCUGACUAUACUGGUGGCGUUAGGGCUGAUGUGCUGGUCUGCUAAGCACAAAUCAUACAAAAUGGCCAGGUCAAGCAUCCCAAUACAUGAGGUGAAGAAGGCCUCGAUCAUCACUGACAGCCUGCUGGAGCCUCCACUACCAAACCCAGCGUCCCAUGAUCCCGGCCAAAAGAGCGGCCUGACAGGGGGCGUCCGAUUAACCAUACUUACCCCAGAUGAUUGUGCAGUCAGCUGCAGCCCACAAGACAACAUGGACCUUCCUGCUACUCUUCAAACAGACUCUUCGAACCACCACAACGGGACUGACGUGCCCCACCGGAGCUUCUCCGAGCCGCAGGAGGACGAGUGGUGUGGAACAUGAGUGGUGUGGAACAUGAGCGCAGUUCGUUGGAAUGUCCGUUCUAGGGUUGUAAGGCCAUUUUUGCAUCCAUGCAACGAGACUUCUUCUCACACGCAGGACAGCUUAAGGAUGGUUGGUGUGUUACUGCCCCCUGCAGGCGAAUAGUGGGGACUGACACUGUCCCCAUCAGAGAUUGCACAUGACAAAUGGACUUUGAUGUUAACAUUGAUUGUAUUUGUUGACAUCUCACGUGUAAAACGAACUGUAAAAAUGCGUUUUUACUUUGGUUAAUAAAAAAUAUAUAUAGUCUACAAUUACUGUCAACGUAUUCGCUUU